GAAACUUCACACUCCGGUACAGUAGGUGGCGGUAUGCACCUGUUGAAGUUGGUUGCGAUCCGCCAAUCAAAUUAGAGAAGAAGAAGGAAGUAGUCCCAACAGUAGAUCGCUACAACACACAGCUUAACUGCCGCGCGCUGUUCGCGGCGUCGACGGACUAUCCGUUUGGUGUUUAAUCAACGGGAAUGCGCGGUCUCACCGAACCAAGCGGAUCGUCACACAACCCAAAAUGGCGCUAUGUUUACGUCUCUGUAUAAUCGUGUAUUAUCUCUAAAAAGUCUCAUGGAGAGCUUCGGUGAUUUCAUUCUCUGGGAAAGAUAAUUUGACGAUUUAAGCAACACCUGCGACAACCCGGACAUUCGGUAAUGACCAUUUGAGGCACGUAUCUUAACUUAUUUAUACAUAUCUGACGGUUAGGCCUGAGGUUAGCUACAUAGUUAAGUCAAAGAAGUACAAUAUUACGUGUAAUGUGUUGCUUUGUCCACUGCUUUCCAUUCAUCAAAGUUAACAGCUAACGUUACCAGUUAAACGUUAUGAGCCUGGUACCACUCUUAAGAGAACCCCCCCACUUACCUAUUACUUUGAUUUGUACUAACAUGUAGCUUUUCAUUAUUCAUGCUUGUGUUUUAGCAGAUCUGUGACUACUAAGUUCACCAGCAGCAGUAGGAAGGAUGCAGGCUGAAGCCACAGACUCCUCACUGAGAGAGGGCAUUGAGGCUCUGGGGGUGCACGACGCAGAGAAACCUGCAGCAGGCAAAGAGGAAGAGGGCGACACACACGAACAGGACACGGACAUGACAGCUGCCACGGAAGAGGAUGCAAACACCAAGAAUGAAAAGGCUGCAGUGGAAAGAGAAGUACACAAGGAUGAACCUCAGGCAGACACGGGGGUGGGAGGUGGAGAGGGAAAGCAGGCUGCGGGAGUGGACGGUGAAUGGGAGCUUGCGUACAGUGACGAGGAAAUGGAGGACCCCAAAAACUGGAUGCCCCCUCCUGCCGAGAUCAAAAGACUGUAUGAGCUCCUCUCUAAAGGGGAGAUGCUGGAACUGAACUUUGAGCCCCUUCCUAGGAGGCCCCCUACUCCCGAUCGUACCCCCUCACCUGAAAGAGAGGACGAGCAAGGGGCAGCAAAGGAAAGACAGAGGGAGGAGAGAGACCGCAGGCCUCUAAGUCCAACUGAGUUUGACUUUGAUGAAGAGCAAACACAAGCCACGCCGAAAAAUGCCUUUGUGAACAGACGCAGAACACCAGGAUCUUCGGCCCGCUCCUCUGUGAAAAGGGAAGCUCGGCUGGACAAGGUGCUGUCUGACAUGAAACGCCACCGCAAAAUGGAGGAGCACAUCAUGCGUACGGGCCGAGAUCUCUUCAAGAGCGAAAAGAAGCAGGAGGCGGCUCUGUCUCCGAACAGCCAGAAGGAGCGGGAGAAGGAGAGGGAACGAGACAGCAACCCCAACACCAUCUUCUCCCCGAGACAGAGGAGAUACUGAAGUAUUAAGAGACGAGGACUUGCUCACAGGCAAAUAGGGCCAAGUGCUUUCCAGGCUUUUCUCAAAACUUGAAUUUUUUUAUCUAACAAGUUUUGUAUGUUUUCUAUGUGUGUUUUGUAUGUUGGCAAUAAACAUUUGAACCCA